CCCAGCUACUUCAUGGUCAUUGCUGCUGUUGUUCCACUAAAGCUGGUGGGGAGGUUGUAGGCUGCAGCACCCAUACAUCCAGCUGGAAUACUACAUAACAUUCAUAUUUGUGGAUGAAGAUGCACUGGGACUGGACAUUGUGACACAAGUAUGUCUAUUUUAACUGCUGUACACAGAAAUUUAAACCUGACAAUCUCCAUAAGAACUCACUUUAGAUUAAAAAACAUGGACAGAAAGCAGCAUGAGCAGUCUGUUUAACACUUAAGUGUGAGGACAGGGUGACACCUACUGGUCAUCAUCCAUUGUUGCAGGCAGAUAGGUUUGAUGAAAAUUGUUUCAGAGUAUUAUUAAAUUACAUAUUGAGGAUGACAGAGGGCUUUCUCUGCAGUUCAUCAUCUAUGGCAGCUACUACGCUCUCAUCUCAACAGCACAAUAAAGCUGUAUUUAUUGCUGAUUAAUGAAGUCCUGAGAUUUGUCUGAUCGCUUGUGUCACUUAUGACACGAGAAUCUCAGCUUGAGCUGGACUGCUCUUUGACCGGGUUGUUGAUUGACAAACCAAGCUCAACACUUAGACAGCAUAGACGGUUUCCCACCAUUAAGGAAAGGUAGUACACCAGCAAACACACACACACACACACACACACCUGAAAGAGAUAGAAGAGGAGAAAAACAUGGAGGCAGGAGAGGUGGCAUGGAGGAGGUGGAGGGCAGACUGGAAAUAUCCUACUACUCUGCUGUGCAUAUAUGGAUUCUUCAGCACAGUUAAACCCCUGGAGCCUUUUCUCAUCCCAUAUAUGACAGGACCGGACAAGAAUCUGACAACAGAACAGGUAACCAAUCGCAUUUUCCCAGUGUGGACAUACUCUUACAUUUGUGUGCUGGUGCCGGUGUUCCUCCUGACUGACUGGCUGCGUUACAAGCCGGUGGUGGUGUUCCAGUGUGUCAACCUUUUCGUCACCACAGCCUUGUUACUGUGGUUGAAAAGUGUACCAGCCAUGCAGGUCAUGCAGUUCUUCUACGGAGUGGUGACAGCCAGUGAAGUGGCCUAUUUCUCCUACAUCUACAGUGUGGUAGAUUUGAAGAGGUACCGGAAGGCCACCUCUUACAGCCGCAGUGUGCAACUCCUGGGGAACACGGUGGGCUCUGUGCUGGGCCAGCUGCUCGUCAGUUUCAACCUUAUGUCCUACAACAACAUCUUAGUAUUUACUCUGGUUCUUACUUCAAUUGCUCUUCUUACUUCCUGCCUCCUGCCAAUGCCACAGCAGAGCAUGUACUUUCAUCGCAAACACACUGGACAAAAAACAGUGACAGAGUUUCCACAGAGGCAUGAAGAUGGGACUGGGGAUGCAACAGAGCACCCAAGUGGAUCAACAUUAUCCUUCAACGGAGAUGAAAAUGUGGAAAGAAGAGGAGAAACAGAGGAUGAGGCAGAAAAGGGACAGGAUGAAAAAGAUCCUCAAGUUGUGAACUCUGAGGAGUUGGUCGGUGCAGAGACCUGUGGCAAAGUCCUCCUCCAGCUGUGGGGGGAUUUCCGCCAAUGCUAUACCUCCAGAGAGCUACUCUACUGGUCAGUGUGGUGGGCGAUGGCCACCUGUGGCUAUAACCAGGUUAUCAACUAUGUGCAGGUGUUGUGGGAGCAUGUGCAGCCUUCUCAGAACUUCACUGUCUACAACGGAGGUGUGGAGGCAGCAUCCAAUUUGUUUGGUGCAGCAGCAGCCUACAGUAUAGGCUUCACUGAGGUGAGAUGGGAACAGUGGGGAGAGCUGGCUCUGGGUGGUUUCUCUGGACUCGGGGCAGUAGGACUCUUCCUCAUGACCUUCAUGGGCAACAUCUGGGUCUGCUACAUUGGUUACAUCAUUUUCAAGUUCCUGUACAUGCUGCUGAUAACAAUAGCCAUGUACCAGAUUGCAGCUGACCUGACAAUGGAAAGAUAUGCUCUGGUGUUUGGAGCAAACAACUUUGGAGCUUUGGUUCUACAGACGAUCAUCACUUCUGUUGUGGUUGACGGCAAAGGACUGGGCCUGGACAUCAAGACUCAGUUCACCAUAUAUUCCAGCUACUUCAUGGUCAUUGCUGUUGUUUUUUCACUCCGGGGAAUGUUCAUAAUUUGGAGAGCACAAAGAAGCAGCAAAGACUUUAGCCCUUCAGUCAAAAAUGAACCUCCAGACUGUGAAUAAACUUCUGACUUCUGAAUAAAAGGCCGAAAAUCACUUGCGCUUUGGUUCCCUCUUUUUAAAAAAAAAAGAAAAAAAAAGAAAAAAAAAAGCGUCAAAUUACUGA